UAUUUGUUCACUCAUCAAUCCAUCAAACCCUUCUUUAAAACCCCCAAAUUCGCCCACUAUCAUUCAAUAUAGGGUUUCGUUUCUCUCAUUAGAGAUUUCCCAUCUAAAUGUGGAAUUCCUCAGAAAAUAUGUUCUCAGAAAAAGCCGUAAACAGAGCCGAUGACGACGAGGAGGAAGCCCUCCGGUGGACGGUAAUGCAGAGGUCUCCGACCUACGUUCAAGCCCGGACGGCCUUCUUUCGCAACAUUGCCGGAGAGUUAUCGGUGAUCGAUGUUGGUGAGCUCAAAGAUCAAGAGCAAAAGCUCGUCUUGGAUCAGUUGGUUAAUGCGGUUAAUCAAGAUACAGAGCUGUUUUUCAAUAGAGUGAGACAAAGAUUCAAUGCUGUUGAUUUGGAGUUUCCGAAAGUUGAGGUUCGAUUUCGGGACCUGAGGGUGGAUGCCUUUGUUCAUGUUGGAAGUAGAGCAUUGCCCACUAUUCCCAAUUUCAUUUUUAACAUGACUGAGGCUUUCUUGAGGCCAUUGAGGAUUUUUCCUGGCAGAAGAAAGAAAUUGUCAAUUUUAAAUAACAUCAGCGGUAUUAUUAGGCCUUCCAGAUUGACUUUGCUCUUGGGUCCUCCAAGCUCAGGGAAGACGACAUUGCUUUUGGCGCUUGCUGGGAGACUUGGACCCAGUCUGCAGAUGUCAGGGAAAAUCUCAUACAAUGGACAUGAUCUAAAGGAGAUUAGUCCCCAAAGGACUUCCGCAUAUGUUGGCCAGCAGGAUUGUCAUAUGGCUGAGAUGACAGUCAGAGAAACAAUUGAGUUCUCAGGGCGUUGUCAAGGUUUCGGAUUUAAGCGUGAUAUGCUUUUGGAACUUUUAAGAAGAGAGAAGGCUGCUAGGAUGAAACCUGAGGAAGAUCUUGACGUAUUUAUCAAGGCAUUAGUAUUGGGAGAUCAGAAGACAAAUCUUGUUGUAGAGUACAUUAUGAAGAUUUUAGGACUGGACAUUUGUGCGGACACAUUGGUGGGAGAUGAAAUGCUCAAAGGGAUCUCUGGGGGCCAAAAAAAGCGGCUUACUACUGGUGAAUUACUAGUGGGUGCAUCUAGAGUGCUGUUCAUGGAUGAGAUAUCAACUGGCCUUGAUAGUUCAACUACCCAUCAAAUUAUCAAGUAUCUUAAGCAUGCAAACCAUGCUCUUGAUGGGACCACUGUCGUCUCUCUGUUGCAACCAGAUCCUGAGACUUAUGAGCUUUUUGAUGAUAUUAUUCUUUUGUGUGAAGGGCAGAUUGUAUAUCAGGGACCCCGUGAGGCUGCUCUUGAAUUCUUUGCGUCUAUGGGAUUUCGUUGUCCAGAUAGGAAAAAUGUGGCUGAUUUUUUGCAAGAAGUUAUAUCAGAAAAAGAUCAAGAGCAGUACUGGUUCUCUGAUUUUAAUUACCAGUAUGUACCUGUGGCGAGGUUUGCAGAAGAUUUUAAGUCAUUCUGGGUUGGUAGUUCUUUGUCCAAGGAGAUGUCAUGUCCUUUUGAUAGACGAUAUAGUCAUCCAGCAGCUCUGUCAACUUCCACUUAUGGUGUAAAGAGAUCAGAGCUUCUCAAAAUUGGUUUUUCCUGGCAGAUGCUACUGAUAAAGCGCAAUUCAUUUGUCUAUAUUUUCAAAUUUAUACAGCUUCUUUUUAUUAUUCUGAUCAUGAUGACUGUAUUUUUCCGAACAACGAUGCAUCAUAAUACAUUAGAAGAUGGAGGAAUUUAUCUUGGUGCACUCUACUUUGCUAUGGUUAUGAUUCUUUUUAAUGGCUUUAUGGAGGUUCCAAUGUUGAUAGCCAAGCUUCCUGUUCUUUACAAGCACAGGGACUUGCGCUUUUAUCCAUGUUGGGUUUAUACACUUCCUUCAUGGAUUUUGAGUAUUCCAUCUUCACUUGUGGAAUCUGGUAUCUGGGUGGCAGUUACAUACUAUGUGGUUGGGUUCGAUCCUCAAAUAACUAGAUGCCUUCGGCAGUUCUUGUUGUAUUUUUUUCUGCACCAGAUGUCUAUAGCUCUUUUCCGUACGAUGGCAUCCUUAGGCCGAAAUUUGAUAGUUGCCAACACUUUUGGCUCUUUUGCUUUGUUGGUAGUCAUGGCUCUUGGAGGAUUUAUUGUUUCAAGAGAGAGCAUUCCGCGUUGGUGGAUCUGGGGUUACUGGUUUUCCCCUUUGAUGUAUGCUCAAAAUGCUGCUUCUGUAAAUGAGUUUCUUGGGCAUUCUUGGGACAAGAAAGCUGGGAACAACACCAGUUUAUAUUUGGGUGAGAUGUUACUGAAGGCCCGAAGUUUAUUUCCAGAGAGUUAUUGGUAUUGGAUUGGACUUGGUGCAUUGCUUGGUUAUACAGUUUUGUUCAAUGUCCUCUGCGCGCUCUUUUUGACAUUCCUCAACCCCCUUGGCAAACAACAAGCUAUUGUUUCUAAAGAACAACUCCGAGAGAAGGACAAGAGAAGGAAUAGUUCUGCCAUUAUUCAGCUAAGCGAAUUUCUGGAACAUUCACAUUCAUUUACUGCAGGAAGAGACAUGAAAAAGCAAAAAGGCAUGGUUCUUCCAUUUGAACCUCUUUCCAUGUCUUUCAGCAACAUCAAUUAUUAUGUUGACGUGCCCCUGGAACUGAAGCAACAAGGUAUAUUAGAAAACAGGUUGCAGUUAUUGGUCAAUGUUACUGGAGCAUUUAGGCCAGGUGUGCUUACUGCAUUGAUUGGUGUAAGUGGUGCUGGUAAAACUACUCUCAUGGAUGUUCUCGCUGGUAGAAAAACUGGAGGAAUAAUUGAAGGGAGCAUACAUAUUUCUGGAUAUCCAAAAAAGCAAGAAAUUUUUGCUAGGGUUUCUGGCUAUUGCGAGCAGAAUGAUAUUCAUUCCCCUUGUUUGACUGUCCAUGAAUCACUUCUAUUCUCUGCCUGGCUUCGAUUACCAUCUAAUGUCAACUUGGAAACACAAAAGGCAUUUGUGAACGAGGUAAUGGAACUUGUUGAGCUCACUCCAUUAAGUAGAGCUUUAGUUGGUCUACCAGGGAUUGAUGGGUUAUCCACAGAGCAAAGAAAAAGGUUGACGAUUGCUGUUGAACUUGUUGCUAAUCCUUCUAUCGUGUUCAUGGAUGAACCCACUUCAGGACUGGAUGCCAGGGCUGCUGCCAUUGUAAUGAGAACUGUGAGGAAUAUUGUUGACACUGGACGGACAAUUGUUUGCACGAUCCAUCAGCCAAGCAUUGACAUUUUUGAAUCCUUUGAUGAGCUUCUACUCAUGAAACGAGGGGGGCAACUCAUUUACGCCGGUCCAUUGGGCACCAGGUCUAACAAGAUUAUUCGAUUUUUUGAGGCAGUUCAAGGAGUCCUGAAGAUCAAACCUGGCUAUAAUCCUGCUGCCUGGAUCCUUGAGGUCACUUCUUCUGCAGAGGAAAUUCGACUUGGUGUGGAUUUUGCAGAUGUUUAUCGUAGAUCAAGUCUGUUUCAGAAAAAUGAAGAACUUGUUGAAAAUUUAAGCAAACCGAGUAGGGAUUCAAAUGAUCUAAGCUUUCCGUCCAGAUAUUCUCAACCAUUCUUUUACCAGUUUCUAGCAUCUCUUUGGAAGCAAAACCUGUCUUACUGGCGGAACCCGCAAUACACUGCUGUACGCUUUUUCUACACAGUUAUCAUAUCAUUGAUGUUUGGAACGAUAUGCUGGAGAUUUGGUUCUAAAAGGGAAACUCAGCAAGAUAUUUUUAAUGCUAUGGGAUCCAUGUAUGCAGCAGUCCUUUUCAUUGGAAUCACAAAUGCCACUUCUGUGCAACCCGUGGUUUAUGUUGAAAGGUCUGUUUCGUAUCGAGAAAGAGCAGCGGGGAUGUAUUCUGCUCUACCAUUUGCAUUUGCACAGGUUACUAUUGAGUUCCCUUAUGUGUUUGUACAGUCAGUUAUUUACAGCGCUAUCUUCUACUUCAUGGCCUCUUUCGAGUGCAGCCUUUUGAAGUUCAUUUACUACUUGUACUUCAUGUUUUUCACCUUAUUGUACUUCACCUUCUUUGGAAUGAUGACAAUUGCUGUUACGCCCAAUCAUAAUGUCGCUGCAAUCCUUGGCGCACCAUUUUAUAUGAUGUGGAACCUUUUCAGUGGAUUCAUGAUUCCUCGCAUGAGAAUCCCGAUAUGGUGGAGAUGGUAUUAUUGGGCGAAUCCAAUUGCCUGGAGUUUGUAUGGCCUUCUAUCAUCCCAAUACGGAGACAUUGAUGAAUCAAUAAAGCUUGCAGAUGGAGUCCAGACAAUGCCAAUUAAACAGUUACUCGAGGACCAGUUUGGAUACAGGCAUGAUUUGCUGGGCAUUGCUAGCAUUGUAGUGGUUGGCUUCUGUUUGCUCUUUGCAGUGACUUUUGCUUUUGCAAUCAAAUCCUUUAACUUCCAGAGGAGAUGAAGAUGAGGAAUGUAACUUUGUUCGGCUCAAUAUACGCUCUGUGACUAAGAAUUUAUGGUUUAUAUCUUAGAAGGAAGGAAUUUGAGCUCAAUCCUGAGAGCAUCAUCAACUGAACUGCCAGACCAAACAAGGGUCGAUUGGAAUAUAUAGUAGAGUUCCACUUAACAUUAAAGGACUUGAUUUUGUUUUACACAUUGAACUACAAUGUAUAUGAUAAAUUAAAUAUAUAUGUAAUUGGUUUUUAUAGCAA